AUGAGCAGACAGAGAUCAAGAUCGAAAUCUAACUGCGACCUAAGACAAUGGUUUGAUAAAGUCGACAGGUCAGAGACAGGGCGAUUGAAUGCUGUAGAGCUGCAAGAAGCUCUGAUGAACAAUGAUUAUACGAAAUUUGACAUGCAUGUUAUCAUUGCUAUGAUUGACAUGUUCGAUGACGACAAAACUAAGGAAAUCAACUUUGAAGAGUUUCAAAAAAUCUGGGCUUUUCUUGGGAACUGGAGAGAGGUCUUCAAUCAGUUCGAUGUUGACAACGGAGGCGCCAUUGAUGCAGAAGAGCUAACUGCAGCUAUAAGACAGCUUGGAUACAAUUUGUCGAGGCAGUUUAUCAAUGUUUUGAUGCGGAAAUUUGACUUUAGUGGCGACGGAUUUCUUCAAUUCGACGGUUUUGUGAUGGUUCUCAUAAAAAUUAGGCAACUUACCGCCGCUUUCCAGCCUUUCGACAAGAUGCAGAAUGGUACUGCGCACUUUACAUACGAAGAAUUCCUGACUGUCGUUCUCCAAAACACGUGA